GGAGCGAAUUGCAGCUGUGACGUGGGCGUUGUUGUUCCAUUCAGCGCGUUCGCCAUGGCAACGGGGCAGAGGCCCUGGAAGCACGCAGCCCCUCUCUCUGGACAGCGUCCUGAGGGCAGAGAGGCAGCUGUAAGUUUCUCCCCACGAUCACUUACUGCUUUAUGGCGCAGAAAUAUCCCAAAUACUCAACUUCAAAUGUAGGAAAAUUGAACCAAAUCAAGGUUUGGUAGUUUAUAAUAUUUGGAGGUUGAAUGGUCUAUAUUCUUGAUCGCAUAAAUGUUUUCAAUACAGCAAUUAAUGUGCAAAUUGUGUAUAGCUCAUGCAACUUUUACGCACUGGUUUGACGCACGAAACUACUAAACGUGACCCACUGACCCAGAUCAAUGUUAAUUAAGAACUUUUUUUCUUUUUCGUACGAGCUUCUUCAGUCUUUUCUAUUUACUCUCGGCAGCCCGAUUUCUCCCUCCACUUUGUACUCAUGCAUGCUGUAGGAGUGCUAGUAUUGUUGGGCAGAGUGAUUGGGGUUUCUGUACAAUCUCCCGUGACCAAUGAGCGGGGUGCUGUCAGGGGUAACCACAUCUGUCAACCGUUCUUGGCCAAUAAAGAGCGGAGCGAGGCGGACCACAGGUGCGCGCCUCUGCGUCCCCUUGGCACAGCGCCCGGGAGAUGCUGGAGAGAGACGCCUAUCUGCCCCGUGGCGCAAAAGAGUUACUGUCAAAGGCAGCCUCCUUUUAACUCCAGCUAUCACUCUGGCUCCGAUAGUUAUGGCGACCGCAACAUCCAACCACUACAGCGUCCUCACCACCCCCAGCAGCGCGCCGCCGCCGCACUCGGAGUCCGGGAGCAUGCAGCAGGCGGCAGCGUACAGGGACGCGCACACCUUGCUCCAGAACGACUAUAGCACGUUACCGGGCGGUGGACAUCCGCUCAGCCACGCGCAUCAGUGGAUAACGGCGCUCUCUCACGGUGACAGCGGGGCGCCCUGGCCAUCUAGUCCCCUCGGAGAGCAGGACGUGAAGCCCGUACUGCACGACAGUGACCGAGAGGAGCUGCAGAACUCCAGCAGUCUGCAGCAACAGCAGCAGCAACAGCGACACCCACACCUAGCGCACCAGCAGGCACAUCACGACGCCAGAGCAUGGCGAACCAGCACAGCCACAACGCACAUCCCCGGUAUGGCGACGUCUGAGGGCCAGAGCCUGGUGUAUUCCCAGUCCGGCUUCGGACUGAUGCCAGGGGGAGAGCAAGGGGGAAUGCACCACCACCCCCUGCGGGACGAGGACCACCACAGCCACAGUCCGCACCUCAGUGAACACGGAGGCGGCCCUGGGGCCCACCAGCAGUCUCACUCACACCAUCACCAGCACGGGGGCCAUCAGGACCACUCAGACGAGGACACACCAACCUCCGACGAGUUGGAGCAGUUUGCCAAACAGUUCAAGCAGCGACGUAUCAAGCUGGGCUUCACCCAGGCGGACGUGGGACUGGCUCUUGGGACGCUCUAUGGAAACGUCUUUUCUCAGACCACCAUUUGCAGGUUCGAGGCGCUUCAACUCAGCUUCAAAAACAUGUGUAAACUCAAGCCCUUGUUGAACAAGUGGCUGGAGGAGGCGGACUCCACCUCGGGGAGCCCAACUAGCUUGGAUAAAAUCGCCGCACAGGGAAGGAAAAGAAAAAAGAGGACCUCCAUCGAGGUGGGUGUCAAAGGGGCUCUGGAGAGCCAUUUUCUCAAAUGUCCAAAACCGGGAGGAGCGGAGAUCAACUCCCUAGCGGAAAGCCUGCAGCUGGAGAAGGAGGUGGUGAGGGUUUGGUUUUGUAACAGGCGGCAGAAAGAGAAGAGGAUGACACCCGCUGGGGGACAGAUACCAGGAGGAGAGGACAUGUACGGGGACACCCCUCCUCAUCACGGAGGACACACUCCUGUGCAGUGACCCUAGUCCGCUAUUCUGAGUAAACAGACCACUCAAGGAGGAAUAAUGCCUCCUUAUUUGUUUGAUUCUCUGUGCUGGACCGCACGGAUCUGGACCUCAGCCAGUUUAAAUGUUGGACCCACGGACACACACAGUGGGGAUAUACAGUGGCACACAAGCACUGAAAAUACGCAUAGCAGUGAGCUGUAUGGAGAUGUUUCAUGCCGCGGAACUGCCAAGCAUUUUGGGAUACGGCUGGUGUGCGCUAACCAAAAAAAAAAACAAAAAAAUACAGCGACAUUGAUAAGAAAUGCUUUUCCAUGCCUUCUACCGAGGCGCCAAUGUGUCGUUAUGUAAUGUGUCAUUAAAGAAAGGCAGAGUGAGAUGUGGACACGAGGUGUCCGCAGGGGGGGAUAUAGAAACAAGCUUCGGGCUCGAUAAUAAGUCGCAGUCAGUGUGGAUAGAUAAACGCCAUCUUUCCAUCAUAACAAAAGCAACAGGGGUUCUUCGCGGCUUGUGGCAAGAGAGGGCUGAAAUGGCAGAAACCUGCUGUACAAUGUUCAAAAUUCAAGCUAAUACCAGCCAACUGCUUUCAUUAUUAUUAUUAUUGUUAUUAUUAUUAUAAAUCAAAUUGGAAUGUGAUGUAUUGAUUGUAGUGUCAGCUACAAUUAUAAUAAUAUGAAUAAUAAUAAUAAUAAUAAAAGUAGUAAUAAUGAUAAAAACAAUAAUGAUAACAAUUUAGAGACUGAGUAUUGGUUUACUUUAAUGCUUUUCUUUCCGUGCAGACAUUUCUGUGCGCCUGUUUACAGUGUGUUUUAGCUGUUUGUUAUUUCUGUACUUUUCCAAAAUGCUGUGAAGAGAAAGACCGAGACUGUCCGGCUGGAACACUCAAAGCAAUCCAGCCCAUUUUGCCUUCCUUUUACUAAGAAGAAAAAAACCCUGAAUAUAUCCUGGUACCAGCUCUGGCCGCAGUGGCUAUACUACUACUACUACUACUACUGUAUGACUCAUUCAUCCACCGAGAAGACUAUUUGUGGGAUGUAUCUCAAAUCGGUUUUUUUGUAUGGCUUCGUUUGUUUGUUUGUUUGUGUGUUUGUUUGUUUGUUUGCUCUGUUUUAUUCUCUGUCAUUCUGUGCCAAAGCACAAACACAGACACGUGUUCUUGUGCCACUUAAAUCCUGUGAUUAAUAACCUGAUCUGAUAGUGGCAGGUUAUUGAGGAAAAUCCACGAGUUGGGGAUGAAUUCUCCGACUGAAAUCUAAAAAAAUAUACAACAUUGAGAAACUAAAAUCCAACUGAAGGAUUUAGAUGAACAGGGAGAAAAUGUGAUAUUUUGAUAAUAUGAAUUGUGGACAAUUUCCACGAGACGUUUUGUAUUUCAAAAACUGUCUGAAUGUAUUAGACCCAGUUUACAAUGUCAGAGACAAUUUUUUUAAUAAAUCAUCGCCAAUCAUUAAAAAUGAAGCAUAGCAAUAUUUUACGCAUUGUUUUGUAAUUCGUCCACCAGUGCAUUUUCCUUAUUAAAGGGUAUACCUAAUAAUUUGCCCUAAUUUAUAUAAUAUCCUAAAUUUAUGGAAUCCAAAAAACCUUAUCAUUAUUGUGACUAUCACGAGUAGGCUAAUCCUUCAGCUGAAUUUGAGUUUCUAAGGUGGGAAAAAAAAAAUCAAAACCAAAACAAAAUAGCAUCGACCUGAAAUCUGUGAUCAAACGAAGAGGAAAAGGAAAUCAAUGAUUGCACAAUUUCUAUAUGCUUUUUUGUCAUUAAAUCGUAUUUGUUUUCUACAACUCUGCAGUCUCUGCACGUUAUUAUGCCUCAGGGAAAUUCGCAACUCUGGCGACAAGCCUUUUGAUUUAUUUUAUUUCUUGAAGGCGGCCUUGUAUUUUAAUUAUGGAUUUUAUCAUCCGUCUCGGUUGCUUAAAAUCGUCCUUCAGCUGUUUCGGUAAAGUGUUCGCUGCUGAUCUGCCCUGAUACUGUUGUGAAGAGAGUUAUGCGUGACGAUGCUCAGACCGACGGUCAAUGGCCUGAAAUUGAAACACACCGUAGUUAUUAAUAAUUAAUAUUUUCAUCAGGAUAAAUGUGGAAACUAAUUGACGGUUAUGACGAGACGUAAUUCAGAAUGUCAAAACAAUUGAAGCUUUUCUAUUUGUACACAUGCCUGAGGUCUGCACAGCAGGAUAGUGUAGGCCUAACUGCAGGUGUAGGACAGAAGGUGAUGCAUUAUAAACAAUACUUAUGAUGUGUCAUCUGCCUUCAUUAUACAUAGAAAAAUAAUUAUGAAUAUAUAUUUAUCAUUUUGAUGUGAAAUAUUUUUGAAUAAUCGUAAUAAUGCUAAAUAACACUGAAAUAUUGAGUGGGAAUUAAAAUAGUUUUUGAAAAAGAGAGCUGAGAAACCUGUAGUGCCCAUUUAAAAGAGUAACAAUGAACCUCACCCUUGUUUUCACACAUUUUUCUGUAUUUUGCUGAAGUAAGAUUUCUGGUCUAAUUUGAUCUUCAAUGAGGUUUCCUACUCUUCAGCACAUGUCCUUCCUCAUGUUUGCUUUCACCCCAUGUUUCAUAUGUUCUGCAUGUUUGAGCUGAUUGGUGGCCAAAUCAGAAACAGUCUGCUGAUGCCCCCUAGUGGCUGUUAGUAGUUCAAUGCAUGCUUGGGUUGGAUGGAGGGUGGUUGAUUCAUCGUCAACAAUGAAUGUUGGUAUUUUUUUUAUGUGACAAUAAUCCUGUCUAACUUCUAAGUUAUAGCUGGCUGUAGCUUUACACUGAGUCUGAGUCAUACCCCUUGCAUUUUAUUCUGAGAAUUUAGUGAGGUUAUUACAUAAUAUAAGUUAUACUCUACAGUUAAAAACGUACACACUCCUUAGGUUGAUUCCAAUAUUUUUCCAUCACAAUGCUUCAUUACUCCAGCAGAAUAUAAUUAUUGGCAGUGUGUGGAGGAAGUUUCCUGGAUAUCGUUCUAUAAUCUGGUCUAAUUAAUCUACUAAUUAAAGGAAAAAUAUAGAAACAAAGUUCAAAGAAACAAUUAUUACAAGCAGUAGAUAGAAGGAAUUAGAGGAAUUUCUUUUAAAUACUUAAAAUAUACAAAUAUUUAGAUUAUUUUUGGGGGGCUUGGGGGACUCAUGAUCUCAAUAAAUCCCGGCUAUACAGCUGCUUGACUUAUGACUCUUAUAAUAUAUAUGACAAAC